UGACAUUGACAUUUAGUAAGAAUACAAUGUUUUCAUUGAGAUUUUUACAUGAUUUUUACAGUUUUGCGCACUAUUGUGAGUGAUAAAAUGAUAAGAACAAGUUUAAAAUAUAACUAAUAAACAUAAAAGUAGUUUGUCAUACGAAGUAACGUGCAAAUGUACAUAAUCUAUUUGUAACUAACCCUCAAACAUUGGUUACCGCAAUGACCAGAUUAAAAUUAUGUUUUUUGUUUUUCCUCUUAUAUUCUCUUUGUUAUUAAUUCCAUUAAGCCACCCUUAUUAUAUUUGCCAAAACACUGAUUUAUUAUAUUCUUACUACACAAAGGGAGGCUAUCAAACCUGUGGGUGUGAGGAACACGUAGGAAAGCAGUUAAAAAAAAGAAAUCCAGGACUUUCUUCAUCAAAGUUGGUUGAAGACAUCGAAAAAAUGUCAUCCAAUGGAUUCUAUAGGCCUAGAAGUGCCUUAGCUCGAGCUUUACAGGAGAAGCAGCGCAAUGAUAGACAUCUACAGGAAUUUGACCAGGACGAGUGGUAUCGCGUGGAAAAGAUUCAACUAAGCCCAGAGCUGAAGAAGAAGUUCGUGCAGCUGCAUGCUGAUGAAGAAACCAAAGAGUUCCUAUCGUCGUCCAUCGACAAGUCCUCAUGGGUGUGGACCCAAAUCUGGUACCUGCUAGCAAAGGCUGUACUUAAACACUUCUGGUCCAUCACUGAUAUAAAUGGAUGGCUGGGUCGCGGCUCAAUGUUCGUGCUGUCGCAGGCGCAGGCGCGGCUGAUGCUGCAGGCCGCCAGGAGGUCAGGCAGCGGCUCUUUGGCCGUCGUCGAUGUCGGCGCGGGUGACGGCGAAGUCAGCCGGAGAUUCGCGAACCUCUACUCGGAGAAAUAUGCCACUGAAAUAUCCGCGAGUAUGAGGAAAGCGCUGGCCAGUAAGGGUUAUACACUGCUCGAUACCGACGACUGGUGGCAAACGCAGCAAUUUGACUGCGUGUGCAUGCUGAACCUUCUAGACCGCUGCAGCAAGCCCAAGACUAUGCUGAACCAAGCGCGGAAAGCGCUUGCGCCGGGCGGAGUGCUGCUCUUAGCUCUGGUGCUCCCGUAUAAGCCCUACGUUGAAGUGACAGCAGACCACAAACCAGAAGAGCGGCUGCCCAUCCAGGGCGCCAGUUUUGAAGAACAACUCAGCUCAUUUGUUUCCUUCAUGGACGAGUCAGGCUUCGCCCUUUCCUCGUGGUCGCGCGCGCCGUAUCUAUGUGAGGGAGACUUCGCGCAGGCCUACUACUGGCUCGACGACUCCGUCUACGUUUUCACGCCAAAAGAUGGCGCCACGUGAGAUGUCACUUGUCAAGUUCUGACGUUUCGAGUUUCAGCCAAUUAAAAUAUAUAAAUACGUGUCUUUGAUUGUCCGAGCUCUGAAAUCGUAAAAUAUAAGGAUUUAAAGUAUGUUACUAGGCAAAAACUGAUAUGUACCGAGGUGAAUCCAAAAUUUCAGCAUUUUCCUUAAUACGCAAAUAAGUCAAAGUAGAACUAUUUAUUUGGAAGCUGGACUUUUACGGGCAUUUUUCUCAAAGCUAUAUACUAGCUAUGGCCCAAAUCAUAAUAGAUAUAUUUGCCUAAGAGCGAAAGUUGUUCAGUUUUGGGCUUAGAGACAAACUUUAAUUGUUGAUGCACGGUUCGGUCAAUUAAAGAAAGGGUCUGGCAUUUAUAUCAUUCCUGCAAGUAAAUUCUCACUCUCGUAAAAUACUACUAUUUAAUUAAACGCACAACACAUGUGAGAGCAACAACAGUCUGUCCCUUUCUUCAAAGUUAUACCGUUGAUCAAGUUAAAUGUUAAGCAAGCAUGACCUCACUUAAUUGGAUUAAGAUAUGAUUCACUAAAAUAGUGUUUAGUGAGGCGUACCUACAUCAACGACGUUACCGUACAACGAUAUUCAAUCUGGUAUUUUUAGUGACCUGUGAACCUGUUAGCAUAAUAUUUAAAAGCUAAUGACCCGACUAAUUUAAUGAUUAUUUCUUCUAAAGAUCCGUCGAGUAUACUCACACUCGAGUAUACUUAUUUAUCUGAUACUAGCGGCUCAUCCCGGCUUCGCUCGGACGCGCUCGCUAUUAUAAUAAUAAAUUAUCCUAAACCUAACUUAAACCUUCCUCAUGUAUCACAUUAUCUAUUGGUGAAAACCGCAUGAAAACCCGUGCACUAGUAUUUGAAUUUAUCGGGAACAGACAGACGCGGCAAAAGACUUUGUUUUAUAGUAUGUAAGAUAAGAAUUAAUGUGCACACGACCAAAAACCUAACAUGCGCACACACAUGAAAAUCGUGCCAAAAUCAACUCUGAAAGAUAGAGUGGGUCGUUAGAUUUACAUAUGUGUGUGAGGAAUAACGUGAAGGGGCAGAUAGAAAAUAGAUUAUCUUUUUUGAAAUAUACAAUACAUAGACCAAGGAAGAGAGUCACGAUAUAUGUUGAUAUGAAAAAAAAUACUCCCAAUUAUUCCUAAAAAACGUCCAAAUAUGCGGGUGCAAAAGUUAUUAAUCUCUCACUCUGAUGGGACAUAUAACUUAUACUUAGUUAUCGUAUAUAAAUUAUUUAAUAAGUACUUACUUAUGUAUGUAUGAACCUGGUUGCCAAAAUUAUAUACUCGGAACAAGUGAAAAUUUAUUUUAUUUUACGAAGAGAUUCCUUAUUUAAAAUUAUAUUAUUUAUGAGUGAAUACGUAUAAGAAUAAGUUACGAAUGUUCUAUCUAUAUUGUACUGUUUGGGCUCUAAAUAUUACAAUUUUUUCUAAGUGUGUAAGUAAUAUUUCGGUAAGUUAUCUAAAAAAAAUUAGAUAGGUGUGUUUUUAAAUUUUAACAUUAUGGAUUUUUGUAUUUAUAUUAAUUUCGCGAUAUUAUUUAAAUACUAGACAAUGAAUAGAAUGCCAAGAUACUCUACUACCUCGUUUAAUUUAUUUAAUAAUUUAUUUUGUGAAAUUGUAAGAAUUAGAUCAAAUUAUGAAAAAGAUCGAUUUGUACUUACAUAGAUUGGAUUGGAUUUAUUGAAAUUUCAUAACUACUCGUAUGUUCCAUGUAAUAACAACGGUAGUUGUAUUAUUGUCAAAUAUUUUAAUUAUCUCACUGGCUAUCAAACAUUUGCUACGUUAUUUGGAUCAACAAAACAAUAGGACGAAAUCGUUUUAUGUGAAAAUUUUGAAUGUAGAACGAAUUUCGAGUAUUUAUAAUUAUAAACGAAAGGAAUAGAUAAGCGGCAUUCAGUAUUAUGUAUAGAAUAGUAAUAUGUGCAAAUAAUAUUCACAUCGAAAAUAUUUUUUGUAAUUCUUUUUGAACUUUGUUAUAUAUAUAUAUAUAUAUAUAUAUAUAUAUAUAUAUAUAUACCUGUACUUAUAUGCACUGUAAAUGAAUGUCACAGUUUUCAUAUUCAGAGUUUUAUACCUUUAUAUCAUACUCUUAAAAUAUGUAAUGUUUAGUAAUAAUGUACUUAAAAAUAUAAAAAAUAGCUAACGAAUACAUUCUGAUUAUUUAAACCGUUCAGAUGUGACGCCGCACGCUGAUUAUAAAGUUUUUAUUUUUUUUACCUCCGUUGUUAUUCGUCUUAUCAAAUAUAUUUUAAACUAUGUCUAAUGAUUAUGAACCCUACUUCGUAACGCAUCGUCCGUUACAGUUUUAUUAAAUAUCAAUACCUCUUUACACUUAAUGACAUUAUUUAUUUAUCCAAAUCAUUUUAGGUGAGAUGAUAAUAUUUAGCAAGUGUUUUAUUAUAGACAUUUUAAAUAAGACUGUUUCAAGUGUAAGAUGUGUUCAAUCCGAAACCAUAUAAUAUCUUCAUAGAUAUUAUCAUCAUCAUCAUCAUCAGCAGUUUUGAAUGUAUGUUCAGCCGAUCAUCUGUUGAACUCUAGGUUCAAGUAUUUCAUUGAUUUAUUUUUGUUUGCAUUUUUUGUAAAUUGGUAUUAAAUAAAGAAACUAUAAAUUGGCUGUAAUUUGAGUCAUUCAAUACAAACACGUACUUGCAUCAAAAUGAAAUAAGUAAAUCAAACAUCUUAUUUAAGUAUCCAAAAUAAUAUAUUAAUGAAAAAUGUCAUGUGCGCGAGUUGCAGCCGUACCUUACUAAAGGUAAGUUUUUUCAAGCUACUUUCAGCUUCAUUGAUAAAUGCCUACUUUGAAAAUCUACUGUCACAGUCGUGUUACGCCAAAUUCAGACAGAUGACAACGCAAAUGCAAGUACAUUGCUUAGUUUGUAUGAGUGCUUUUAUUUACCACAAGGAAAAACCAGCAACGUAUGAUGCAUCUGCCAAAGUUCGGCGAAGUGUUGAUUUGUAUAUGUCGUCAUGACAACUGAUUAAUUGAAACUUAUCGUUUCGUACGCUUUUGUUACAUUUAUAUGAGGACAAUCCUCAUAAUUAAAACUUGGCAAACACUACACACAGUACUGAAUACAGAUUGACAAGAAUACAGAAUUCCGUAAAGAACGAAUAGCGCUGCUGUGGAAUAAAUUUAACAAGAAAAUGUCACGUUAAAAUUACUUUUUGUUUCAAAUUUUGAUCGCCGGGUCAAAAUCUAGUAUCUUUGUAUCUAGGCAAAUCAAUAAGGCAUUUAAUGAUUAAGCCGAUCAUUCCACUAAUUUUAAAGUUUUAUGACAUAUUUGCAACUAUUGCAGGUAUUUACAUAAUUUAUCAUGUAUUUGAAUAAAUAAAAAUAUGUUGUAUUCUACUAAGUUAAUCUGCAAUUAUGAAAAUGUAAUAAAUGUACUUAUAAUCUCCGA